CAAGUUGUGACGUUUGGUGGAAGUUAUUACAAAUCAUCGGCGACAGCACGACGAUGAUGAGGUGGAGGAACAACAACCGCACACAACCAGCAGCCACAACAGCGCGCCUUGUCGCACUCGUGCUUGUUGCCUGUGUGGCGGUGGGGUGUUCUGCAGAGGUGGUGUUUGUGGAAGAUGAGGCGGGGACACUGCACAUCAACACGAGCGAUCCUGCACGCCAGCCCGUUUUUGUCAAUGGCGUCAGUGUUGGCAACUUGUUCUCAGCAGCAACAACACAGCAGCGCAUGAUUGAGCAGCAGCAGCGCCGCAUCGCCGCGCUGUCGGAAGCCGUGUGUCGCAUGCGCGUUCCUGCAGCCGACACGACAAGCAUUGUCUCAACAGAUACCGCGUCCCGUGACGUAUUGGAUAUGGAGGGGGCGAAGUGGAACGGCGCCGUGCUGGCAGGCGAUGGCCGCAUCUUCGGCAUCCCAUACGACGCGGCGGCGGUGCUCAUCAUCGACCCGCGCGCGGGCACGGCCGAUGCCACAACCAUCAGCGGCCUGGGCGAAACCGGUGCCAAGUGGGGCGGCGGAGCUCUGGCCAGCAACGGCGUUGUCGUCGGCUUUCCGCACCGUGCAGACGGCGUGCUGCUCAUCAACCCUGCCACCAACACGGCAGACACGACGAGCAUCGCCGGCUUCGGCACCAGCAGUGGCAAGUGGAUCAGCGGCGUCGCAGCCUCCAACGGCCUCGUGUACGGCAUCCCAUGGGACACGUCAGCCGUGCUGGUUGUGGACCCUGUGACCAACGCCAGCGACACCAUCGCCAUAGCCAGCACUGCGACGGCCACGGGCGGGCGGUGGUACGCUGGCGCGCAGUCGGAUGCGGGCCUCAUCUUCGCCGUGCCGUACAACGAGCGCUCCGUGCUGGUCAUCAACCCAGACACGAAUGCAACCGACACCAUCGCCAUUACAGGGCUGUCCACCAACACCCAGGGCUACUUUGGCGCCGUCCUUGCUAACAACGGCCACAUUUACGGCAUCCCGUUCUCCGCGAGCAGCGUCCUCGUCAUCGACACCGCGGACAACAGCACGCGCGCCAUCGCCAACGGCGUGCCAACCAGGCCAGGCAAGUGGCGUGGCGGUGCCCUGGCUGCGAACAACGGCUUGGUGGUCGGCGUGCCUUUUGGUUCCGACGAUGUGCUCGUCAUCGACCCUGCCACUGAGACUGUGUCCACGACCAUCGCCGUCCCGGACAGCGACAACUUCAAGUGGACGGGCGGCGUGUUUUCCCCCGCCACGGAACUCGUUUACGCCGUUCCGUCCGCGUCGCACUCGGUCAUCACCAUUGACCUUGGCUGCUGAGGCGUGUGUGCUUGUGUGUGAGUGUGUGUGUGGUUGUGGUUGUGGGUGUGCGUGGUUGUGUGCGUGGUUGUGUGUGUGUGUCUAUGUGUGUGGUUGUGUGCGUGGUUGUGUGU